AUGGGGGCCUACGCCAAUCACUACUAUAAACUAUGCUGCUUCCAUCUCACUUUAAAGGACCCGUCAUCUCAGCGAUAUGAAGUCAAACUUCCAGCUGGUGUUCCUCAGAGCGCAGCUGAUACGACUAAAGAUGCCCUUUAUUCCACUGAAUACCAGUCUGACCCGUUUGGCUUCAUAGUGCGGCGCAAAUCCAAUGGACGGGUCAUCAUGAACACCACAGUCGCUCCUCUGCUGUUUGCUGACCAGUACCUGCAGCUGUCCACCGCACUAGCAUCCUCCCUUGUGUCUGGUCUCGGGGAGCAUUACACCUCCCUCCUCCUGGACCUUAACUGGACUUCUCUGACUCUCUGGAACAGAAACAUGGCACCUCAUGCCGAUGCUAACCUCUAUGGCUCCCACCCGUUCUACAUAGUACAGGAGGAGGACGGCUCGGCACACGGCGUCUUCCUUCUUAACAGCAAUGCCAUCGAAGUGCUGCUGCAGCCGACCCCCGCUCUCACCUGGGUGGCUAUCGGUGGAAUCCUGGACCUCUAUGUUUUCUUGGGUCCUGACCCUCAAACUGUGAUACGACAGUACCUUCAAGUCAUUGGCUAUCCCAUGAUGCCUCCCUAUUGGUCAUUGGGCUUUCAUCUGUGUCGCUGGGGUUACACAACCACUAUGACUACCCGACAUGUGGCACAACGCAUGCACAAUGCAACGUUUCCCAUGGAUGUACAGUGGAAUGAUCUAGACUAUGCCAAUAAGGACAGGGUGUUCACCUUUGACCCCUGGCGAUUUGGGGACCUCCCAGAGAUGGUGAAGGACUUCCAUGAAAGAGGAAUGAAGUACAUCCUGAUUCUGGACCCGGGGAUCAGCAGCAGCAGCCCCCCUGGAACGUACUCGCCCUUUGAUGAUGGACUGAAACGAGACGUCUUCAUUAAAAAUGCUACCGGACACAUCCUGAUAGGGAAGGUUUGGCCGGGCCCUACUGCCUUCCCCGACUUCACCAACCCAGAGACCAGGCGCUGGUGGGAGGACUGCAUCAGAGAGUUUCAUUCUAAAGUUCCUGUGGAUGGCCUGUGGAUUGAUAUGAAUGAACCAGCCAGUUUUGUGCAGGGCUCAGUGGAGGGCUGUCCUGACAGUGAUCUUGAGAACCCACCCUACACACCCAAGGUGGUUGGAGGCCAGUUGAACUCGGGAACUCUUUGUAUGUCGGCUCAGCAGAAGCUGUCAACCCACUACAACCUGCACAAUAUGUACGGACUGACUGAAGCCGAGGCCACGCACAGAGGACAUCGUAGCCAGAGAUCUAGUAGAGCAGAUGUUGAGCAUGGAGCCUCAUCGGAGGCCUUCAGCUGAGAGCGUUCUCAAACAGCCGUUCUUCUGGAGCCUGGAGAAGGAGCUGCAGUUCUUCCAGGACGUGAGCGACAGAAUUGAAAAGGAACCGCUGGACGGACCAAUCGUGAGACAGCUGGAGAGAGGAGGGAGGGCUGUGGUCAAGGGUGACUGGCGAGAGCAUAUCACAGUGCCACUGCAGACUGAUCUGCGGAAAUUUCGCUCCUAUAAGGGUUGGUCAGUCCGAG